AUGGAUCCUCAAGUCUACAAGUCUACAAAGCUUGGUGACAUUACACUUCUCCAACAAGUAGUGAUUGAAGAUUCUAGCCGACUAAUGAAACAAACUCCACAAAAGAACACAACCCUUCAUGUCGCUGUGAAGUUUUGUCACACAGAGUUUGUGAAGGAAAUGUACUCUGCGCUUCUCCAAUGCUAUACUAGUCUAGAAGGGGACAUGGACUACAGCAGAAGCCUAUCUCUUAUCACACAGGUGAACUUAGAAGAUGAUACUGCCCUUCAUGUAGCAGCCAGAGAAGGGCACGCUUCCAUAGCUCAAUAUCUAAUUGAAAAGAUUAAGCCUUGGCCUUUUGACCAUGAUGUCGAAAGUGGAAAUAGUAGUCCAGUUGUUCCUAAGAAAAUAAGGAUGAGAAAAAAGAGCUUUCACACAGCCCUGCACGAAACUAUGCGUAGAAAUGACCUUGAGAUGGUGAAGUUGCUGACUGAGGCUAAUCCUGAUUUAGGGCAUCCCAACUACGAUGCCGAUGUAGAAGGACAUGGGGAAUCUCCACUCUACCUGGCUGUCAGAGAUGGACGCUUAGAUAUUCUCAACCAAAUCUUUCUCAUUUGUCCAUCUCCAGCUCACAGUGGACCAUAUGGUCGGACAACUUUACAUGUGGCCAUCGUCGAGAGGAGGCUAGGUAUUUAA